UUCCUGAGCUCUGAUCCCAGUUAAUUUCCUCCCUGCAGAACGUCCACAUCUUGCCGCAGACCGUCCUGUACAUGGCCGAUUCGGACACGUUCAUCAGCCUGGAGGAGUGCCGGGGUCACAAGCGAGCCAGGAAGAGAGCGACGAUGGAGACCGCCGUGGCCCUGGAGAAGCUGUUCCCGAGACAGUGCCAGGUCCUGGGGGUCGUGGCCCCGGGGAUCGUCGUGACGCCCAUGGGCCCCGGGAGCAGUCGGCCUCAGGAGAUAGAGAUCGGAGAGUCUGGGUUUGCCCUGCUGUUCCCUCAGGUGGAAGGAAUAAAAAUACAACCCUUUCGUUUUGUCAAGAAUCCAAAGAAUUUAUCGCUAGAAAGACGUCGCUUCACUGAAGCCGGCCUCCUGGACAACCCCGAGCUCCGUGUGGUGCUGGUGUUCGGCUACAACUGCUGCAAGGUGGGGGCCAGCAGCUACCUGCAGCGCGUGGUCCGCACCUUCAGCGACACGAACGUCGUGGUGGCCGGGGGCCAGGUGGACAACCUGGUGUCGCUGACCUCUGACACGUGCCCCCUGGAUGUCGAUGGCACCGGCGUGGUCGGGCUGUCGGUGAGCGGCCAGCUCGUGCAGAGCACCAAGGUGCUGCUCAGCGAGGACGUCAGCGACGAGAAGGCCUUGGAGGCCACCAUGCAGCGCCUCAAGGCCACCGGCAUCCCCUUCCCUGGCGUGCCCCUGUUCGGCUUCUUCGGCAACGGCGAGAUCGGGUGUGACCGCAUCGUCACGGGGAACUUCGUGCUGCGGCGCUGCAGCGAGGUGCGGGACGAGGACCUGUUCCACAGCUACACCACCGUCCUGGCGCUGGUGCACCUGGGCGCCGCCCGGUGAGGCCGCCUCCGGAAACGUGGGGACUGGGAAUACAUGUCUUUGAAACGAGAAUAACUAUGUAUCUAUUUUGUAGCUCGGACGCUCUAGGGUUUCUCGGGUGGUUUCUAACGUCAGAGGAAGGAGGGCUCUGGCUUCGGGCGCAGACGGCGUGUCACGUAACCAGACGCCGGCACGGGAGCCGGGGAAGGGCCGUGACGGGGUGGGCGUCCGUGGCUCCCUCUGCAGGGCCAGCCGGUCGUUGAGCAGAACCACGAAGACACUUUGCUCCCUGAAACGGUUCGGAUGGCCCGAGAGAUCUUUCUCCGCUUCGCAGCUUGACCAGAUUCUUUCAGCAGCGACAACAGAAGGGUGACGGACUUGUUACGCCUUUGAUAAACACGAGAGAGUUAUUUUUGUCUUCCUGCUCCCAAGAGGCUCAGCGAGAUACGUGGCCAAGGCGCAUGGGCAGUUUUUUAUUCUCCGAUGAGGAAAAGGUUUUCCCCCCCCCCCCCCCGCCCCCAGGUCUUCACUGCAGGAUGACGUACACUUGCAUAUCCCGCCUGAUGUCCUGUCACUAACGAUUGAUUGACACAUGUUGCCAAGGCUCUGGUCCCACAGGACGCGGGCAGCGCGUCCGGUAGAUGGAAUCCAGGGCUGCCUUUCCCACUGGUCUGUCCUCAGUCUCUUCCCCCAUUUUUACCUCGAAAGAUUGUCCUCUUCCCGCCGACGUUUGUGAUAAAGUUACUGGAAGUUUCCUCCGGUUGACAGUUACUCCAUCUCGGCUCCUGAAGAACAGAGAAAAGUGUGGCGGUCAGAACCUCUGGUCUCUGAACCGUGAGGGACUCUUGUUGUCACAUCGGUGCCCGUUACCAAGGAGACAGGGCCGCAGAGUCUGAGUCCUGGGUGUGAUUACACGGCACGUACGGAAAAUGCCGUGUGGAUCUUUGUUCCGGGGUAGAUAGCACAGGGAAAAGAAAUUGAAAACAGAAAUUUUUUAAAUAUGAGCCGGGGCUGGGCGGGGUGGGGGGGGGGGGGGGGGAUGAAUUACGGUAUUUUUCCAGAUUAAUAUAUAAAGUGUUUUGUUCCUCCUCACAGGGGAGCCCGUGCGGGGCCCUUUGCUGUUCUCUGUGGGGUUCAUGCGGGUUCCUCUUUAUAGCCAAGCCUUUGGGCUGGUUUUGGAUGGAAGAUUCCUUAGGCGACAGGGCGAUCAUUUCCCUUCGUGGGGACAGAAAGCAGAGCUGAGCCCGUAGGAACCGCAGACGUACAGCAAGCCCUCGCUGAGCGUGGCUGUGGACAGGGUGGCCCUGUGGUGACAUGACACAGUGAAGCCGGUUUUGCCAUCGGCUGCUUGAUGGAGAGUUACGUUCCCAUGGCACCUCAUCACCGUGGUAACAAAACGACCCUGAAUGCUCCAAUGUGACUCUAAAUGCUGGGAUGUUACUCGUAGUUUUCCCCGCCUCUCAGAGGCCUGAGGUCGCAUGGAGAGGGAGGGAGGGGAGUCAUCAUCGCACCAAAGUUAGAAUGAAAUAACGUGGUACAAUUGUGAGUCAAGGCUGGUCUUAAAUAAAAGCAGUCAUGACAGGAAUAGUUACCGUUUCAGCUAAAAACAUAAGUAAAUGUCCCUAGAAGCAGCCACUGUUGCAGCCGCUUGUGAAAAAGGAGGAGGAUACCGUGAAACGUGGACGCGAGAAGAGAAGGGGCCCCCGGUGUGCGGGCAGCGUCUCCCGCACCGGACGGCCUUCUCGUGAGUGAGGGCAGUCCGAUCGGUGGUUUGUUUAAUCGGGACGUUAAAAGCAUUCACCCCGAUGUGCUUCCCAAGAACCGUCUUCCCGCAGCCACGGGCGGCGGCGAAGGGAAUCUAUUCCCAGCCCCUUUCCCAAGUGGACGUGAACUCCCCGUGGGCCCGUGGCCACCCUGGGAGGGACAGGGAAGGCAGGCCUGCGACUCCGACCGGGAAACGGACACCUGCUUGUCGACGACGCGGGGAAUCAUCUGGGACCUCUUCCCACGGGGGUCCCGUCGGCCAGCUCACCUGAGGUCCCUCCCACGGGCCUGAGCCCGGACGCCGGGCAGACACGCCGCCUUCCCACCAAGUCAGAGGCAAAUAAAUUCUACAAGUCCACGUAGAAAUUGUCGAGAAAAAAAAAUAAAUCUUUUGUCACCUGACGCCCACCCCAUACGACUGAGGUGAGCCCCACCGCACAUCACGUGUUCAUGGGACGAGAGCUCCUCUGGAUCGGAAACUGCGCGGUUUUCAGACGACUGGCUUGGUUGUCCUUUGUAGAGACUGGGCGAGGGUCUGCUUAAUAAAAAUCCUAAAAU